AUGGGGAACGCCGGCGCUAAGGGUGCUAAAGGCAGCAAGGACGAGUUCACGUUCGACGAGAAUGACGACGAGGCCUUUACCGAGGCUCUGCGUGUGAAUCUGCAGCGACUCAUCGUCUACGCGCGUUCGGCCGAUACGGCGCUGCAGCGAGAAGUCGCCGAGAAGCUGGCAAAUGAAGCAGUUAAGCCCGACCGACAGGUGCAGAUUGUGGAGCUGGACGGACUGCAGCUGCUGCUGCCACUGACCAAGUCGAAGGACACGGAAGUGCAGCGUCUAGCAGCCCACGCACUUGCCAAUCUCUCAGUCAACUCUGAGAACCAGUCCAAAAUGGCCACGGAAGGAGGUAUCGACAUGCUGAUUGAUCUAUUGAGCAGUACGAACGAGCACGUGCAGCGGCAGGCCGCGAAGGCGCUUGCCAACCUCGGUGUGAACGUGGACAACAAGGAGAGGAUCGCUAAGGCUGGCGGCAUUAAACCGCUCAUUGACUUGGCCAGCUCCCGCCAGAUCGGUGUAGCCGUCGAGGCCAUCGCAGCACUGGCCAAUCUGGCUGUCAACGACGCCAAUGAGGUCGAGAUCGCACGUAAAGGAGGUUUAAAGCCAAUUAUCGACGGUGCGCACUCUGAAUCCGUCGAGCUUCAGUCCCAAGUGGCUCGUGCACUACGCAACUUAUCGGUCAAUCCGGAGAACAAACAAGCCAUUGUGGAGUUGGGAGGCGUCGAGGCUCUGCAAUCACUCGUACGUUCCACUAAUGAUCGGAUAUGCCAGCAAGCUACACGCGCCCUCGUCAAUCUUGGCGUUAACGUAGUCGACUAA